CUGGCUUUACAGGACAACAAGAAUAGGUGAGAGUUAACAGACUCCCACUGAGGCUGCCCAGAGCAUUUGGAGUAAGCAGCUCCCUUCAAAGCAGGGACAGAAUGAGCUUUACCAUUAAAUUCAAGGACCUCCUGAACCUUGCAAUAGGCACGCCAGACCCAGGGGUGGUGGUGAAUUUCAAUGCCCUGCAUAUCCUGCUGCAUAGCAUCAUGGAACACCUCAACCUGGAAGAGCAGACGCAGGUUCUUCCAGGGAGUGAGAAGGACUACCUUCCAUGUAGCCCCUUUCAGGUUACAUCUGGGAAGAAGCCUGGGAAGAAGUCAGAAGAGAGUGAAGAGGAUAUAUUAUACCAUACACCAUUCGAUAGGAUCAUCAACACCUUUGGCCAGCGACUAUCUGUAGUGGAAAGCCAGAUGGCCUUUCUGGAGGCGCUGCCCUCUACUGAGCAGCUGCUGGAAAGCAGUCUGCCCUUCAAAAAACCAGCCCAAGAUAUGUGGCAGAUGUUGAAGCUCCAAAAAAAGGUAGAAGGGAAUGAAGAAGGAAUGACAAAGGCCAUGCAGACACUGCAGGAACUGCUCACCACUAUUUAUACCCUUCAGUCAGACACAGAUUACUUCAGGAUGGAAAUGGAACAACUGAAGGAAAAGGUUGACAAGAUCAGCCUAGAUGAAGUAAAUAAACACUCCGAAGAACUGAAAGAUCAGCAGGAUCAGUUGAAACAUCUUCAGCUUGACAUGGAAGAUAUCAAGAAUAAGCUUUGCUCCUUCCCUGAUGGAAGUGACAUCAUGCAGUGGACCACCUUACAUGAUGCCAUGUAUUCCCAAGCUGACACCAAAGAGACUUCUGAGAAGGCUGAGGCUAAGACCUCUGAAGUUACCCCUCAAGUUACCUCUGAAGAAGCUUCUAAAACUCUUAAAACUCCUAAAACUCCAAGCACCAGAAUCCCACCUGUCAAGACUGCCCAACCAAGAUCAGAUACUAUGCCAUCCCCUUUUGAUAAAGCCCUUGUUGCCAUGGGCAUCACCACUGAUGCAGAAACUCUUGCUUCCGUGGGCAUUGCCAUUGAUCCAGGCAUCCUCACCGCCAUGGGUAUCACCACUGAUCCACAUAUCCUUGCCACUAUGGGUAUCACUCCUGUCCCAGGUGCUGGACUGGGGACUGCUGGAGAGCCAGGCACCACUGCUGCCUCUACCACUGGCCGAUCAUUCAUUGGUCCAUCAUCCACUGGCCAUUCAUCAUCCGCUGGCCCACCAUCAUCCACUGGUCCAUCGUCCACUGCAGGACUAUCACUGGGUAUUUCCCCAGACCUCAGUUGGAAUGCUUCAUCUUUCCUUGCUGCUUUGGGCAUCAUCCCUAAUGAAACCACCCUUGAUGAACUGGGCAUAGAUACCAAUGCAGACAGCCUCACUGCUUUGGGUUCCACAGUUGAUCCAGCCACCCUUGUUGCACUAGCAGUCCUCACUGGCAAAGGCUUGCCCACCCAACUCCAUUCCCCAGUUCCAGUUCCAACUUUGCUAGAGGUCCUAGGCACCACUACUGAAUCAAAAACCCGUGUUGUUCCAGAGAACUCCACCAGCCUAGAUACCACAGCUGGUAAGGGCACCCCAGUGGCAGUAAGCUCCCCUCACUCCCCUGUCAAGUCUUCCUCUCAGGUUUCUGAAGGAAUUGUAUCCUCAACCAAGUCCCUUAAGCAGCUGCUGACAGGUCAACCUUUGAGUGCAGAGGGAAAAAGACUAACUACAAAGAGGUCUAUGGGAAGGUUGAUCAAUUUACCAACAGAAUACGAUAGCCUAAAGGAACAAUUUGCCAAGUUGGAAGAUAAGGUACAGCAGCAGGCUAACUGUCUAGCAAAUCUUCAAUUUCUAAAUUCUCUUGGGCUCACACCCCAGCUGGACAGUGAGAUGAGCAGACUGCGGGACAAGAUAAAUACUCUCCAGGAAUCAGGACAAAAGAAUAAGGCUUACGAGCAGCAUUUGGAAAAGGUGCAGGAACACUGUAACCUGUUGGAAAAGGUCACUGAAACUCUGCAGGAUAAAAUGGAGGAUAUCAAGGGCCUCAAAAUAGUGGUGAAACAACUAGAAAUGAGAAAGGUGGAUAAAACUCGGAUGGAAGAACAAAUGAAAGAGAAAGCAGAUAAGAGUGCUCUGGCCUUCAAAGCAAGCCGGGCUGACUUGGAGUUUGCCACAGUUCAGUUACAUGACAUGAUGCAUGACAUGCUGCAGAAGAUAUCUGUCCAUGAACAGGACUGGCAGAAGGUGCUGGAGAAGCUUUUCCUUGAUGUGGACUCCAAGCUGGGCCACAUGGACCUAGAUCCUGUGAAGAAACAGAUGGAACAUAUCUGGAAAUUUGUAAAAAAGCACCUGAGUGAAGGCCCUCGCUUUGACGCAGACAGUGCUGCUGGCUUUAAGAAGCAACUCUUUGAGCGGGUAAAAUGCAUCUCUUGUGACCGGCCUGUGGAAAUGAUGACAAGCCCACAGUUGAUUAGUAUCCAGAAAGAAAACUUGUACCCCUAUGCCAGGCCAGUCAGCGCAAACAGCUAUGAAUAUCUACAACGGCUGAAAUUAAGCGGUGUGACGAACAGAAUUAUACCAUGCAACAAUUAUCCAAUGAAAGGUUAUAAACCAAUUUUUGGACUGAAAAAACAGGGUGCGACGAUUAUGCAGUGGCGACGAUUAUGCAGUAAAAUACGAGAACAGCAACGAACACAACACCCGCAACCUACACAGGAACAAGCCAACAUGCCCAGAGAUGGUCAGUCGUAUUGGGAUAACAGUUCUAGCCUGAGGCGAAUCAUGAAGAUACCGAACCUCACCACCCUUUAUCCAUAUGGGGAUCCAUCCGUGUUUCCUGAGAAUAGUGAAGUGAACAUUCUGGGAGUGGAUGGGGUCAUGUACAAAGGCAGGAUGGCCUCUCGUGGUGCUCCACAUUCUGUUAUUACUGAGAAGGACCUGGCAGGAUUAAAGAGCCCAAGGGCCCCAUCAUCCCGCAGUGCAUGUGAGCAUAUACGUUCCAGUGUCUCUGGUGCCAUGUACCCUGCCAAGAACCUAUUCCUUCUUCCCAAGUUUAGUUUCCUGUCUAAACUGCCUUGGAAGCCAGUGACUCCUGGAUUCCUGGUCUCUCCUCCCCUUGCUCCUACCACAGAUGAAUAUUUUUGGAAACUUCUACUCAGAAUAAAAUGUAUCUUUUUUUUUCACUUUGGAUGAAGAGAAAGUAUCUUGGGACCACACACUGAGGGUGGGGCUUGCUUUCCACACUCAUGUACAGAAGAAUUCCCCCUUCUUCCCCAGACAACUGGGGGGAGGGGAGAAGGAAGAGAAAAAAAGGAAGCCUUACAAGAGGUUGGCUUCCACCCUCCCUUCAGGGCCCACCAUUGUCACUGUGCUUAGCUCUGCUCAAUCACUUGCCUAGACCUGGCAAUUAUCAGAGCCCCUCUAUCAUUGUGCCUUGAGGUCAUUCCCCUCCCAACCCCCCAGCCGAAGAAAAGGUGGUCUCAUUAUGGGCAUUGAUGGGUCAAGUAAGGACACUGGUCAGAGGGUGCAGUACCCAGAGGAAUGCUUGCUUCCAGUCCACCUUAGGAAGGUACUGCUCUCUCAAGUCCCUCCAUGACCCUAACCAAGUGGAAAAGACAAAGAGCAAGUCAUCUUGAAGAAGAAGAAUGGGAGACAGGAUGGUACAGUAGAAAGAGGUCUGACCUUGGAGACACAGAAACAACCCUGCCAAAUACUACCUGAAUUAACUUUGAACUGGUCACUUCACCUCUCUAUGGAAAUGAUGAGGUUGGACUAGAUGACUUCUUAGGUCCCUUCAACUUAAAAUCUAUGAUCAUCUUAUAAGAGGAGUGUUUCCAGUGAGACUCACAUAGAUGAACCAUGGCUGGAUUCCAUAGGGGCUAGGAUUCUGCACCCACUUCCUUUUCCUACCCAGACACAUGGUUCAAUCUUGGGAGCCUGGCCUCUGAUGAGAGGAGUGACAAGGCUCUCUUCUCACAUGCUUCAUCUUAUUCAACCUCAACUCUGGUGCUCAAGGGACAAGUUUAUG